CGGCAAGCCGAGAGGAGGGCGAGGAGGGUCCGGUGUCCGGUGUACGUGCGUCAUAUCGUGCGGAGACAGACGUAGAUGCGAAGGUUGUGCAAUUAUAUGGAGGAUCAGUCGGUAUUGUAGGUGGUGUUGAGAAUGGAGACCCCAAAGUUCAAAGGUUCUUUCGAGGGCCCGCUGGCGUGCUUCAGCCGACUCCAGAAGGCGCAAACUGAGCCACUCUCCAAGGAAGAGUUUGCUGUCUUCCUUGGAUCCUUAUUUACAGAUUUCGAGGAUGCAGACCCCGCGGUUGACAAAGAGGAUGUGAUUGAGAAGCUCUUCAAGAUAUUUGAUCGAAACCAAGAUGGGAAGCUCGACUUUUCCGAAUUCGAGGCCAUGUGGGAACAGUGGGUAGUUUCCAUGCUCCGUCCCAAAUGCGCAUUUGUUGCUGUCGACAUUCAGAACGACUUCAUCUCGGGGUCGCUGUCCCUCAAAAACAUUCCUGCCGGAUGGGACCCCGAACGCGUUGUUCCGGUGAUCAACAACUUGACCGAACACCUGCCCUUUGACGUCGUCGCCUAUAGCAUCGACUGGCACCCCAAGGACCACAUCUCUUUCUUCGAAAACAAGCACUGCCGCACCUUCCACCCGAGCAGCAAGGUGAGCGCGCAAGAUGCUAAGGUCCUGGAUACUGUAGUCUUCUGUGACCCUUGUUCUGAGUCUGGAUGUGUGGAGCAGACACUCUGGCCGAGCCACUGCGUGCAGGGCAGCUGGGGUGCACAGCUGCACGAGGACCUCAGACUCGCAGACAAGGCCCUGAAGAUCUAUAAAGGUGACAACACAGACGUAGACAGCUAUUCUGCCUUCUGGGAUAAUGCAAGGCGCUCCGAGACCUCGCUGCACAGUGAGCUACGUAACCAUGGUAUCACUACCGUCUUUGUCUGUGGCCUCGCUUACGACGUCUGCGUAGCCUUCACAGCUCUGCAUGCGUUGGAACUUGGCUAUGGCACCAUCUUGGUUGAAAACGCUUCCUGUGGGACGUCAAAGGAGGCGGUGGAAAAGACUAAGCGCAGGCUGCAGGACCAGCUGUGCCUCAUCGUCGACAGUUCGGAAGUGGCCGACCUAGUGUCUGGGAAGAAGAGACCUUGGCGGCUCGGUCUCCAGCUGGCAAAAGCCAGUGCUCUGCAAAUGUGCUGAAUCUGGGCAUGUCUUUUGCCAUUGGGCACCCUGCUUUGGUUAUAAUUGCAUACUUCUAUCAAUGAUGCCAGGAGCACACCUAGAAAUCUUUCUUGAAGAGCGAGUGCUCAAGGCCAGGGAAAUUUGUACUUACUGUUUUUAUUGAGGAGUAGCAUUGUGUAACAUGUGUUGUAAAGGUUUUGUUGAGGUUAGGAAGGGUUGAUUUCCAAACCCUUACUCUUGGAUACGGCUCUGAUUGAUUCCUGUUGAACGAUAAGGGAAUGUUGCAAUAUCGGAUGCAGCGGCAGUGUAAUUGCUCUGAUAUCAUUUUAUGGCGAAUCAUAGCAAUCUGUACUACAAGAGAACAAGAGUGAUGAUUUUACCCCAUAUAGUUGUACCCUUCUGUUAACUUUCAGCUACCUGUACCCACAGCCAUGUGCUGGGGUUCCUCACAAAAUAAUGGAAAGGUCCAAUACUGGGGGGGAGCCUUUUGUGAUUCAUAAGAACGUGACCAUCCCCCAGUGUCCCAAAGCUGAUUUUAAAGGGAUUGCCAACCUGUAGGGGCAUUGGUCUUCUUUUUUUUUUCUCUACAAUUGAGUACUUUCAUUGUUCCAAUAUUCCAACUUCCAGACCUUCAUAUGGUUUGUGCAUAUCCAUAAGUGAUUAGGGGAAUUUGUGGGACUGAACUGGCUGAAUACCCCAACUGUCCUGAGUUCCGUCUAUAUAUUUACAGUUCUAAAGCAAAACACAAGAUGACUAUUAUUUGACAGUAUUUUUUUUAUUAUCAGUCACGAUGGCUGUACUGGUUAUUGUUACUGUCGAUCUAUAAUAACUGGUUGGAUAAAAGUUGUAGGGUUCAUGGCCAAGCAUGCUUGAAAGUUCUCAGCCUGUUGGGACCUUAGGUAAAUUUUUGAUUGCUUGUCUCACUUUUCUUGUUUUUCAGAAUACACCUUGGGUUAUUGAGAUUAUUGAGUGCAGUCAGUACUUAUGAAUCUGAACAAUGUGAUCAAAAUGAUUGUACACUGUGAAUGUUUAUAUCAUAUUUUUAGUGUUAUGAAAGAAUAAAAGUUUAAUUAUUCAUA